CCGCAACGCCGUUGAUGCUACCCAGCAUCGAUCGUCGGAUAUCCUCUCCGCGCCCACGCUCAUCGCACCGGCCGAAUCGCUCAGCCUCAGGGGUCUCACGUACCUUGCGCGAGGCUGCCUGUGUCUCUCACAGCUACAGGGCACACUUGACGUGGCAAGAAGCAAGCACCGUAGAGGUCACGCUUACUUUCUACCAUACUGUAUGUGACCCUGCUGCAGGCGGGAAGAGGUCAUACCACGCGAUUCGGCAGAAUCUUCCACGAUUCGCGCCUUCUUGAACUCGAAAAAGUUAACAGUAUCACAGCCUUAGUGCUCUUGCACCUCUCAUCCCUCACAAGACGCAAUCGUGGCCUCAUACCGCUUCCGCUCGAAAUGCUGCCACACUUUGUGCUGAUGCUCCUCACACGAGUCGGGCUUUUGCUUUCGCAGAUGCUCUCCCUCGCCCUCCCUUCUUACGGGGCAGGCCUGGGGUACUGCUACCUUACAACGAACUGCACGGGCACCUCGACCUUUAUCCAGGGCACCCUCAACCAGGUCAAGACUCUCAGCGACGGCGAUGGCUGCCAGUCGUGGAAGAUCUACCAGCCUUACGGUUUCGUCUGCCAGAAUGGGUGCGCCAACUGCUCGAGUAAUUCCGAGAACACGAUGUGCUUAUGCUGCGGUUGGCACAAUUGGUGUCCUAGCAACGAGACUAGAUUGCAGGGGGGCCCUUUGAGGCUAAGCAUUGGGGAUGGGAGAAGCGAGUAACACGCAGGACGUUCGGAGGAUGAUGAAAGAUUCAGACGUAGAGACAUGGGGAGCAGGGCGCCACUUCAUACACACUGUGCAUGACAAGACGUAGGGGCGACGGCCCAGACACACGAGAAGCCGUCGGGGGAGCGAGCGAUAUAUGCCGAAAUGCAGUGGUC